UCGGAGAUUUAAUUUAUUCCGAGCUGCAGUAGUACGUACAGAGGAUAAUCUCUCCGCUGGGAGCAGACGUCCAUGCAUCCUCGUGCUCUGCCCAUUCCCGCCAGGCCGUAGCGAUCUUCUCGAGAUCCCCAGUACUCGCCAACUGAGCAUCAACAGCCGUCUUGGCCGUCGAUGACACCAGCGUCCCCUUAACCCACGAAUUGCCACCAACCACCUCGUCCCUCUGGCUGAAGCACCACGAACCAAAACUGCACUUGAUAUCGGUGAAACCAGCCUGCUUCGCCAAUACAUGAAGAGCAUUAAUCCGGAAUUUGGUUCGCCCCCGUUAUACUGGGCAAUUUCGAAUAGAGAGAUCGCCAAUACUCCAGUCCAGCCAUAUUCUCAGGGUACCAACAAAAGGCACCAAAGUCGCCCUCACGAGCAGCUACAAUGCAACCCGGUUUGGUGACGCGUUUCAUUUCUUUCGGGAUACCCACCAGGUCGGCAGCGUGCUCUAGAACUGAUGGCAGAAAACGACAGCAAGGCUGCUGUUGGCAAAUACGAGUCCGGUCGCAUCUCCUUCAAUGAAGUCUACGUUCAUGAUGUCUUUCGCGUCAGCCAGGACACGUGCUUGCGCGAGUGCCCCUUUCUGGCACAUUCGAGGCCGGUGAUGUGUCCCUGGGGACGUGGUUUGCGAGAUCAACUGUAAUCGUUCCCGUGCCAUAUCCGAUGUCGAGGAUUUUCAUAUCUAGUUUCAGAUAUUGGAGGAGAUAGCCGGCUGAGUUGACGGCUGUUCGCCAGCCAUGGGCGCGGAGGACUGGUGGAUGGUAGCCAUGGAUGUAGGUGGCAGACUCCUUUUUGCCACUCAUAGUAUCCGCUGGAGAUGACUCCCCAGUGAAAUUUGAUAUUCAUACACUGGAUUGACGAGUCUGUGAUAUUGCGGGUGAGAUGCAAGAAUCAAAAGAGGCCUGUUGACAACUUUUCACCUUUGACACAUUCAUUCCGUGUUCCACUCUCGGCCGGUACGGGGAACCAGUUCGUUAUAUUUCAAUCGCCGAUUCAUUCUCCAACAUGAACCUCAGGCAUAUAAAACUCCAACUCCCCACAAAGGUUUUGAAUUCAAUUCAAGCCCGAUGAUCAUUCUAUCUGAUACCUCACUCAAUUCAUGGAUCCAGUAGGAAGCUCCAGCUGCUCCGAGCCAGCGCGCAAUGUCGAGGAACUGGAACAGGCUCUCCAUCGGAAGAACCAGAAGGGAUUGCGGAGGGUAAUACUUAAUUUUACCCCAUCUUGGGUAGGUGGAACGUUCCAUCGUGACCAUACGGUGCUGACAUUGGCAUUGACAUUGCUGUAGCUCAGUGUUACCAUGGGCACCGGUAUCGUGUCUAUUCUCCUCCACAAUCUUCCGUACAAUGGGAGAUGGCUGUAUUGGAUAUCGGUCGUGAUAUUCUGCUUCAAUAUUCUCCUGUUCGUUGUCUUCCUCCUCAUCUCCUUGGCCCGUUACUCUCUGUUCAAGGGAAUCUGGAAUGCAAUGAUCAGACAUCCCGUGCAAUCUCUGUUCCUUGGUACUUUUCCGAUGGGUUUUGCAACGAUUAUCAACAUGAUAUGUCUUGUUUGUGUUCCUCCUUGGGGCCAAUGGGCAGCUAUCAUGGCCUGGGCAUUCUGGUGGAUUGACGUUGUUUUGGCAUUGGCUACGAAUAUGUACCUGCCUUUCAUGAUUAUGCACAAACACGACCAGUCCCUCUCAAACAUGACUGCGGUCUGGCUUUUGCCUAUUGUUGCCACCAUCGUCGCCGCAGCCUCUGGCGGAAUCGUCGCGUCGGUAUUGGAAAAUAAUCAGCAUGCUCUUUGGACCAUCAUCGUCAGCUACAUUCUCUGGGGAUGCGGUGUGCCCCUGGCCAUGUUCGUUCUGGUGAUGUACUUUCAUCGGCUCACCAUCCACAAGCUCCCUCCUCGAGAACUGAUCGUAUCGGUCUUCCUCCCCCUGGGACCGCUAGGUCAGGGGGCAUUCGGUAUCAUGCAACUCGGUAAAGAGGCAAUGAGAGUCUUCCCACUCACAACCUCUUUGCCAGCACUUGAAGUUCCUUCCGGCGCGGUACUGUACAUUCUCGGGUUUAUCCUUGCGUUGAUUAUGUGGGGUUUUGGACUGGUUUGGCUAUUCUUUGCGCUUUGUUCUAUUACUCGAUCCCGGUUUCCCUUUAACAUGGGAUGGUGGGGAUUUACGUUCCCACUGGGUGUUUACACGGUGGCCACUACGACCAUUGCGCAAGAGCUGCCGUCUCUUUUCUUCAAGGUUCUGGGGACGAUAUUUUCGAUAGCAGUAGUCCUGCUCUGGAUCAUUGUUAGUGGGCGGACGUUAGAGAAGAUCUGGAAGGGCGAGAUGUUCUUCGCACCCUGUCUCAAGGAAUGGGAAAGGGCUGCUGUGCAGAAGGCAUUGAACAGUGAGGAUGGAGCUGGGUGUCAAGUGUAGAGCUGCAUUCUAAAAAGUGAUGCAUAUAAUAUACCGAUUAAUGAUCGAACAGAUCUCAAUACUU